GAGUCACUUGCUUUAGUACCCAAGGUCACUUGGCUGUCAAGGUUUUCUUGUAUUUUGGAAUAUGUAACUGUGCUUCUGUAGUUUGUUUGGCUUACUGAUACUUCAUUAUAUGUACAUAAUGCAGCCAUUUGUUCAUGUGUCUCCAGAAAAGUCCAGUGAGAGGAAUCUUGUUACCAGUGUUAUGGGUGCUCUAAGUGAUUAUAUGCCCAGGAAUCAUUAUCGUACUUGUGGCUCCACAGAACAGGUGUUUAGCGUGAAAUUUGAGGAAUGUGACGCAAGUAGAUGUAACCCCGCCUACUCUACUGUUUUAUCUCUAGUCACUUGUAAAGGAUCAUACAUAUGGGGAAUUUCGUUUGGUGGUAAUGCUACCCUACUGUAUGCAGAGAGAAAUACAUGUACAAUAGACCUUAAGCUGCUCCCUACUCCUUCACAUACUGGUGAUUCCUUGUUUUCCAGCAGGCCUCUUAUGGCUAUCUGUGAUACUUUCAGUUGUGCAUCUUCUCAUUGGCAGGUGCGGUUUAUUUCUUUGUGCAAUCGCAAAGUAGUUUUGUCGUAUUACUUAGAGUCGAAAGCGCUCUCAGUAGAUGCAAACGACAGAUUUGUUGUAGUAACACGAACUGAUUCAAUAACAGUAUUCUCAGCACUAACUCUUACAGAACUCUAUACGAUAGCAUAUGUAAAAUCAACACUUUGGCCAGAUCUCUUGCCGAAAAGUGUACCUUCUUCGCUUGGGGUUCGUUGGUUGGCCUUCGCUGAUUCUAAGCCUGUCUACCAACAUUUGUCCCGAUGUGGCGACGCGAGUACAGAUGAGUCACAACCUUUAACUACAACAGUAUUGAGUAUGAAUAAGCGUCUUUGGGAAGGGAUUUCGGCCCUGGCUACUUCAGUUGUUUCUAGUUCAUUGGGUCCGAAUCCACCAAAUUUGCGUAAUAAUCAUCUUGAUUCUCAACAUCAAGUCCCACAAACAACUUUAUCAGAUUCGUUUCCACAACAUGGAUCUAGUCUAAUUACUUCAGAGGUGAAUAACUCAUCCAUAUCACCCGGUUACGUAACAAUAAUUGAUUUGCAUACAUUAAAUUGUGAACAUGCGACUUUGCGAAAACUUGAAGAUUCUACGGCAUCAGUUCGUUUAUGUUCUGCUGGUUCAAAUCUCUCUGACUCAUCAAAUCAAUAUAAUAGUACUAAUCAAAGAGCUCAGUCAUGCUCUCCAAAUAAUCAACACACAAGUAUUAAAAUGUCAGGAGUGAAAUACUUGAAUGUUCAUGAAUUUGGUGGGUCGGGAGCCAUUGUUGCUCAUUUCAUGGCUCAUCGUUGGGCUGGUGUUGCUCUCUUAAAGUUUGAUCCAUCUGGAAGUCUGUUGUUCACUGCGUGUAAACGGGGUCACUCAUUCAAUUUAUUUCGUAUUGCUAAUCAUCCGUUUGACCAGCGUCAAACUGCUGUACAUCACUUAUACAUUUUGGAACGUGGUAAUUUACCAUGUGAGAUUGUGGAUGCUACUUUCUCUCAUGAUUCUCGGUGGGUAGCUGUGAGCAGCAAUCAUGGGACUACACAUGUUUUCCCUGUUACUGCUUAUGGAGGUCCGAUCACUGUUCGUACACACACUCGACCUCACGUCGUGAAUCGUACUUCGAGAUAUCAUAGAUCAUCUGGUUUAGAAGAGUAUCAUCUAACUAGACCACAACCUGAGAGAAGUGCAACUGAGUCAACUGGAUUUGGCGGUAACUCCUCUAGCAAUUCUAUCAAUAUUCCGUGCCACAUUCCCCAGUCUAGUUCUAUGAAACAUCCUUAUACUAUCCGUAGUCAGUCGUCUGGUUCCGCAUCUGGUGCGUCUAGAGCAACUUCGAAUUUUUGUCAAACUGCACCAAUUGCAGGUUUUGCACCUCAAUGCCCUCAUCUAGGAUUCACAGCUUUCAUGACUCCUCUCAAGGAAACUACUGACUGUUGUAUUAAUGAGGGGAGUUCAAAUUCUUCGUCGAUUCUCUCUGGUGAUUCAGCAUUGUCUGAUGCAUCACACUUUUUCACGCAUUCAAAUCCAUUUUCUUCAGAAUCAUCCAGUAGUCAUCUUCAUGUUUCUGAACAGCCUACUAUGUUGUUUCUAAAUAGUGAAGGAUUAUGUGCUUGUCCACCGAACGCGUUGUAUAACACUACUAAUUCUCGGUUGCCUCCCUAUCCAGAACCUUGUCGAGUUAAAGCUGAAGCAAGAUUGAAACCAUCUAGUGGUAGCAGUGUGACAUCUAUUGCUCGAGGCGCCGCCAGUAGUGCUUUUGAAGCCGUAACACCUAUGAAAAAUAUAAAUGCGGUAAUAGUUAAUCGUCACUUAUCAUCUGUUAAAUCAUGCUAUUCUGAUCCUAAUCAUGUUCACUGCCCUGAAGUUUGCACAUAUACACAGUUGCCAAUUAGUGCAGCAUCUCGUUCUUCUUUUCAUUCACGCAAGCAUACUCGGCGUCACAGAAGUGGGCAAUCACUUCAAAAUUUGAAUCAAGAUAUAUCUAGUCCAACAAGUAAUAGUGUUAGAGCUGCACGUUUUGGACCUCCUGUAUGUUUCCUUCCAAAUCAACUUCGUCUAAAUAAUGUAUCUUCAGACUAUCGUAGUGACCCGUAUGUCGGAAAGUCUCGUGCUGUAGAUGCAUUAUUUAUUUUGACAGCCGAUCUUCGCUUAAUAGAAUACGAUUUAUGUGUUAGUGCAGAUGAUACAGCUACAGUCGGUGGGAAAUUAUAUCAGGAUGGUUCAAUUCGUCUAGAUUGUGUAUCUGUUGGCGAAUGGAAUUUACAUACAGAUGCUGUGUACCUGCCUCCAUUUCCUAGACAGCAUCCACUUAUUUUAGCCUCGUCUACACUUCAAGCAAGAUGUAAAACAAAUAGGCUUAAAUCGGACUAUGCUUCUAAUUUAAAGAUGGAUGGUCGAACUGAAAUUUCAUUAGAAUCUGAUAACAAUCUGUCGUCCAGAUCUACAAAUUACGAAAAAGUUAUAUCAACGUUGAAAUCCAGUUUACCUCCAGCUAAUAGCAGUCAAGUGAAAUCUGGAUUGUUAGAAAUAAAAACAAACACGGAAGAUAAUAAUAAUGAUAGUAAUAAGAACAAGAAUGAUAAUGAUGAAGAUGAUACAGAUGAUAAUGUCGUCACUCCUGCUGGAUGGACUGCUGAAGACGUUGCUUCUUACUGGUAUAGUCAAGUUGAAAUAACUACACAUUUAGGACCUUUACGUCGUGUUUGGAUGGGUCCACAGUUUACUUUUCACACUUAUUCAAAACAACGUGAUUGGAGUGGUUGUGAUCUACGGCUUUCAUCAUUCAACAGUUGUAGUUCUUCGGAUAAUAACAAUAUACCUAGUACCACACAAAUUGGCUCCACUGGAGGGAAUCUAAAAACAGCAUUACAUCCUACUCUUUUAGAAGCAUUCACAUUAAAUGCACCAUUUAUAUUGCCGCCUAUAGUAGAUAUGACUAAUGAGUUAUUAAUUAAAGAUCGGUAUCCUGGCACAUUCAUACCAUCAUCACAUGGUUCCAAUAGUAGUUUAAAUAUGAUUCCAUAUCAAGGUUCUUCUUCAACAUCUACCUCCUGUGUUCAUGCUUUUAUUCAUCCGCAUCCUCAACAUCAUCCAAAUAUCGCUUUGGCCGCAAUUAAUCGUAAUACCACUUCAUCCAAAACAAUUAUGUUACCAAGGCUACCAUCAGGUUUAUUAUUGGAUUCAAAUGCUAAUUUCAACAGUGCACAGUUAAGAUGGCGUAAUUCGUCAGGUGAACCAACUCGUCCACUUAGUAUUGCUGGUGGUUUUGGACCAAGUGGUGAGGCGAUUGUAAUUGAAGGUGGGAGUUAUCAAGACUCAAGUUUGGGUAGUUCUUUAUCUAGUUUAGUUGGUCGCGGUACAGAUGAUUUGGCUCAGUCGAUUGCUGAAGCUAUACAAGAUGAGGAAACUAACUGGAAUGCAGAUAAAAGUUCUACCAAUCUACCACAAUUGUCAAGUGUUAACAGUAAUCGUGGUGUAUGGCAGUUCAGUGUUAAAUCUACUACCGUCUCACCGGGUUCAACUAAUAUUAGUGGAGGCAGCGGUCCAGGAUUAUUUCGACUGCCUGAUACUGGUAAUAUUCCAGUUCAUUCGGUAUUAACCGAAGCUGAUUUCCCCAGUCAAGAUACUUCACCAUCAUCAGCUAUGGAUAAUUUUUCACCAAAACAUGAAUUGUUAGACAAUUCAUUGAUUAAAAUGAACAAAAAUUCUAAAGAAAAUAAAACAAAGAAUAACAAUACAAACAUUAUUUAUCCAAAUGAAAAUGUAUCAUCAAACGUUAAUUUAUUGACACAUAAGAGUGUUAAACGGAGACAUGGUAAAAAAAAGUCAAAAAUGAAAUGUCAUCCUGUUGUCAUUAGUGAUGAGUUCACUGCUCCAACUUCAGCAGUAACAAUAACGAAUCUUUAUCCAUCAGGUUAUGAAAGUUUAAGCAGUUCACCAAUAAUCCAAAAUUUGUAUUAUAAUUCUUCAGAUUUAUCAACAUUCUCAUUACCAAGUGAUUUACAAGUCAAUACAACAUAUGACAGUGAUAAUAAUAUGAUGAUGAUGGCUAGUAGUCUAUCCAAUCUUCCUUAUAAUCAAAAUUCAUUGGUCGACAAUGAGAAGAAGUCAAGUAUGGAAACAUUUCAAAUUGAAGAGAAUUCACAAAAUAAAGUGGAGAAUUCUAACAAGAUAAAAAAUUUCGAUGCUGUUAGUGAUAAUGAGAGUGAUAAAAAUUGAUAGGCAAAAAAAAUUGGACAAACUGAUGAAAGCGAUGGAUAGAAUUAUCAACCAAACUAUUUAUUGUGUACAAAGCAUCUGCUGACGCAAUAUUUAAUUCAUAAUAAUUAUUAUUCAUGAAGUUCUGUGUCAUUUGAAGAAGCUUUUAAUGAAUCUUAUGUUGGACUUUUAGAAAGCAGUUCUAGGUAUGAUGUUGAAACAGUGUGCCUAAAACGUGUUCAAGAUGUUAAAGACGAUGUUACAAUAUCUUAUGACUGAUUGAACAAAGAUCUCCAAUUUAUUUAAAUACAUUGGGAAACCUCAAGAUUACUUAUAGUAUGUAUAGCAAGUACAAUAAAUCAUUCAGUGAUAACAAAAUAUGAAGUAGAACUGUUGAAUAUUGUCAUUCCUGCAAAAUGUACAAAUCUAUUUGGAUCAUAGUAAUUUAAAACCAAUAUUUUAUUAAUAGACAGGUACGAUAAUGCCAAAGUUAAUUUGGAUUGUGAUAAAGUGUAAUGGUUUUUAAUAUAUGACCAUCAACACCAUUCACCUAACUAAAACUACUUAGCAUUAAUUCAGUUCAUAUUUCCAGAUAUUUGCUUAAUUUCAAUUGUCAUAUGAAGGUAUUAACUAGGACUUUAAUGAAAAAAAACUUUGGACAUGUGUGGAUAUAUGUGAGAAAAUUCUAAGAAGGCUAACAGAAUCUUGUCAGUUUGGAAGUUCUUACAUUAACGAUAGUUACCAGUCUAAAAUCAUUAGAUUUCAUGUCAAAUCAACGAACUGACGAAGUUAUCACUUCAGCAUUUACAACAAAACUACUGACCAAAACUAUCAUGUUCAUCAUACACUAAAAUACAACAUAGAACGGUCCUUUGACAACUACUCAGUGAAAUCCUUCAAGCAAAAUACGUACUAGAAAAAAUAAAAAGUUAUCAGUAGUUUAUUUCUUUUCAAUAAAUAAAAUUUAGUCAUGAAUGAUCGCUGUGUUUUAAAACAUUUGUUUUACGAGAAACGGUAAACUUUCUGAACUGCUUCACGAAAUCUGUCGUCAGGUAAGUAUUUAUGCAGAAUAUUUGAAAACAAGCACAUCUUAUGAAGCAGUAUGAUUACGGGUAAGCAAGUUACAUGAGUUUAACUUACUGUAUUCAAAUAAAAUUAUUUACUGGUUAAAUAGAGGCGGGGGGCAGGAUUAAGUCUUCUAAGCAAUAAAUGUGUAAUGUAGCUCGCCAUUUCUAACGUCAUAUGCUGAAUUGAUGCAGAUAUUGAGAAUAAGUGAAUCCAAGUAAAAAUGUACUCAUGAGCACAUUUGUGUUAUUCAAUAAAAUGUAAUAUGAAUAUAAUAGCCAUCUCACUUGCAUUCUUUGUGAAGUUGUUAUUGACGGUAUUUUUUCCUAUUACGUUUUUCUCUAGAUGGAAUAAUUGAAUAAUAUAACACACAUUUGCAUAGGAUAGAUAAUUUUUGUUCCAAUAUAAAGCCGUAUCCUCUUCUAUUGAACCAUUAUGAAUCAUAACAAUUACACGUUCGAUUGAUAUUUCAUUUAUUCACAUCUGUUUAUGUACCCAGGUGCUAUUUUUCUACUAUUUAGAUGUCAUGCCUCUUUUUCGAAUUUAGGAUUUCAUUUUUAUCCGCUUCCUCCAGUUUACAUUCUUCCUACAAUAAAACACUUCAAAAUAGAAAAAAGAUAAGCAGAUUUCUGUCCAUUUUAAAGCCAUUCUUUUUUAUUAUUUCGCUCCUAUCAAUCAACCUAUUAACACAACAGAGAAGCAAAAUACUUCUUGAUCAUGACUAACGCUGCUGUUAUUUGUUUAUUUUCUCGAUUUGCUUUCUUUCCACCAUAUUAACAAAACAACACAUUCAUCCAUACUGAUAACCUUUAUUUUGUUAGCUUUUGUUUGCCAUCUUUCUGUUAUUUUUGUGUGUAUGUCGGUAUUAUUCGUCGUUGCUUUUUGUCCCCGGUUACGGUUAAAACGUGUAGCCUGAUACUCCCUCUUUCUCUUCGUAUGCACACAAAUUUACUUAUCUGUAAAAUACGUAAUGGACAAAAUAUAUUCGAAAGUGUAAUUAAUAUCCCUUGAACGUUUCUUUCCCACUCCUUUAUUCUUUUUGUGCGCCAGAAUAUCUGUUUUACUACAUUUUAAGGUUUCUUUAAAAGUAUAAAGAGAUUGAUAAUAAUAUUAUUGUCAUUCUAGCAAAUAUAUAAAAGAUAUACAAUAACAAGUUUUGUUCUCAGC